AUGCCAACCACCACACCCUCUUCGCCUCCUCACUCCUUCUCUCCGACACUGACAGACACACUCACCUCAACCAGCACCAGUCGCCUCACCGCGCUUCUAUCGCGGCUGCUCGCUGCGCGUGCUGCACCCUUCGCGUCGCCCCUCCACCUCACACCCUCUCGCCCGCUUCCUCUCUCCCAUCACGCCCCGCACCGACUUCAGAUCUCGCCACCUCUAGACGCUCUUCAGAUCUAUCGACAGCAGCACCUUUCGCAGCUAUUGCGCGGCCACUCCGCUGCCACGCGCCAUGAACGCCGAGUACAACUUCACCGGUGCCGCGCGCACGCGCACCAUCAACCUCGGCGGGCCGCGUGGCGCCUCUGCCGCCCAGCUAGCCGCCUCUGCGCGCGCCGAGCGGGCACUGCGCCAGGCUGAGCGCGACCGCGCCCGCUCCGCUACCCGUGUGCAGGCCGUGUGGCGCGGGCGGACCGAGGCGCGGAGGAUCAGGGCGCAGCGGGUGAAGGACUUUGUGGCGCAGCAGCAGGUCGUGCUGCGGCAUAGCGCAGAGCCGAGCGAGUCGGAGGACCGCCAAGUAGCACACGUACGCUGGCUCAGACUGCUCUGUGCGACAAGAGGCGCGCCAGAGGAGGGCCAGCUGCUGCGCGUAUGGAGUCAGACGAUGCAGAUCGACGACGCGCUCUUCACUCUGUAUGCAUCACCGCAUGCCUCUUCGUGGCGCACGCUUGUGUCGCUGGCAGUGCGGUGCUUGCUCGCGAGACUUGGCAGCGCCACGCCGAGUGCAGAGCGGAACGCCGAGUCGCUCGCGGCGCUCUCGCUGCUGCUGCGCCUGUGCGACCCUGCUGCAGCUGGCGGACAGGCAGACUUCGCUGUGCAGUUCGCACAGUCCUUGGUGUGCGCCUCGCUAUACCCGGCGCUGCACGCGCACCUUGUCAGCUUCCCGGUCGAUCGCAAGGCCUCGCCAACGCUGCAGCCGACCAUCGACCUCGCCCUCGUGCCGAUCACGCUCAAAGUGCCCGGCGCGCUGCAGGCCUUCGUCUUGCACAUUCUCGCAGUGCCGCAUCUGCCCGCACGGGUACCUCUGCCGAGCCUUGCGCGCCUGGCGGCAGACUUGCCACUGCUGGACGUGCUGCGCUGCAUCGAUCCCGUGCCGUCUACGCCAUAUCUGCUGGCGAACCUCAUUGCGCUCUCGGCACGUCGCGUGCCGCAGCUCAAGAACGCCAACGAGCUCUCGACAUACCUCGACACGCUCUCCAAGAUGCAAGAUGCGCUGCCGCGCUCGACCUUCGAGGGCGCGCUCGAGGGCACGGCAGGCUCGACGGCCGUGCCGGACGUGCAUCUCGAGCAGGCGUCUUCCUCACGCACUGUCACUGAUGUAGCUACGCACAAGCGUCUCUCGGGCCUCGUGGCGCCAUCGCACCUCAGUGCGCUGAUGACGGCAUCGACAAAGUUCUCCUCGUCUCGGCCAGCCCUCACUCGCUUCCUCGUCUCGACGCUCGAGGCAUGGCCGGCAUCGGCGCGCGACCGCGUAUUCUCCGCAACGCUCUUUGGCCCCGGCCCGCCGAACGGCCUCGUGCGCGAGCUGUGGCGCGGCUGGGUGCGGGGCGGGCCCCUGGCCAAGGCGAUCGGACAAGCCGGGCAUGGUGGCGCCGGCGGCGCACGCGCGGCAGUAGCCACAAUGGACAGUGCCGAGCUGGCCGAGGGAUGGGGCCCACUGCUGCUGCUCGUCGAGCUCUACUCGCGAGUGCUGCUUACGCUCGGCGAUGACGAGUUCCGGCCGCCUGCCAGCGCGCCCGGUUCAAGCUCCAGCAGUCCCAGCCGCAACCCGCUGACGCUCGACGAGAUCGUCACGUUCAGCGCGCUGCUGCGCACCAUGUCCUUCUCACUCUACUGGCUCGAGGGCUCGUCCGGCCUGCCCGACCUCUCGACGCGCGUGCCGAACUUCCGCCUGACGCGCAUUGAGCUGCGCAGCCUCUUCACGAACCUGCUGCGGCAGAUCCACGCCCGUGAUGCGCGCAAGCGUUUCGCGCCCGAGGGUCACUGGCUCAUGACGUCGGAGAUGGAUCUCAACAGCUUCAUUCAGACGGUGAUGCUGGAGGAGGACGAGCUGGCGGAGCCGCUGAACAACGCCGCGCCAACGGAGGACGACUGGGAGAUGCAGGAUGAGUUCGACGAGGACGACGAGAUUCUGCCGGUCUCGUCCCGACUACAGGCACUGCGACGAACGCAAGAGUCCGGCUCGAACCUCAACGCACGCCAGCUGGCGUUCCUCAGUCCGCGCCUCGGCGUGCUCAACAACAUUCCCUUCACCAUUCCCUUCGAGCUGCGCGUUGAGAUCUUCCGGCAAUUCAUCUACCGCGACCACGAGCGGCGCAAGCGCGCGGGCCUGCGCGUGCGGCACACGCGCACGGUGCGCAUCCGCCGCAGCGAGGUGGCGCACGACGGCUUCCUGGCGCUCAACCCGCUCGGCGCGGCGCUCAAAGACCGCGUGCUCAUCGAGUUCAUCGACGACUGGGGCAACGUCGAGGCGGGCAUCGACGGCGGCGGCCUCUUCAAGGAGUUCCUCACGUCGCUCAUCACGCAGGCAUUCGACACUAACCGCGGUCUCUGGCUGGCGACGGAGCAGCAGGAGCUGUACCCGAACCCGCACGCCUAUGCGCGCGAGCCGGAGCAGCUGGAGUGGUACCAGUUCCUCGGCCGCGUGCUCGGCAAGGCGCUGUACAUGGGCAUUCUCGUCGACAUCAAGUUUGCGCGCUUCUUCCUGUCCAAGUGGCUCGGCCGGCAGGGCUACCUCGACGACCUGGCCAGUCUGGACAGCCUCGACCCCGUCAUGUAUCGCGGCCUGCUGUACCUGAAGAACUACGACGGAGAUGUGGAGGCGGACCUGGCGCUCAACUUCACCGUGCAGUCCGACGAGCUGGGCCACGUCACCAGCCACGAUCUGAUCCCCGGCGGCUCCAACAUUCCCGUGACGCGCGAGAACCGCCUCAGCUACAUCUACCGCGUCAGCCACUGGCGCCUGACAGGCCAGAUCGCGCGCCAGUGCGACGCCUUUUUCAGCGGUCUCUCGGACAUCAUCGACCCGCGCUGGCUACGCAUUCUCGAUGUGGAUGAGCUCAAGGUGCUCGUGUGCGGCACGGAGGAGCCUAUUGACCUGACGGACCUGCGCGCCAACACAGAGCUCGGCGGGUACGACGACAAGGACGAGGCAAUCGAGCACUUCUGGGCCGCGCUGCACAGCUUCACGCCCAACGAGCGGCGCGCGAUGCUCAAGUUCGUCACUUCCUGUCCCUCGCCUCCGCUCCUCGGCUUCUCCGAGCUGCGGCCCAAGUUCGGCAUCCGGCAAGCCGGCAACGACGACACGCGUCUGCCCACCGCAUCGACGUGCGUCAACCUGCUCAAGCUGCCGCGCUACACGUCGGUGGCCCAGACGCGCGAGAAGCUGCUGUACGCCAUCAACAGCAAUGCUGGCUUCGACCUCUCUUGAGACUGCGCAGGCCUGCGCAAUCUUCACUCUCCACGCCUUCCCUCUCAUCAGCACUAAUCUUCAAUCUGUCAUACCUGCGCUGCCAAUACAUGCAUGCUCUCCGUG